GAUAUAAAACACAUCACAUUGACAACCCUAACAGUAUUUGUAUACUCGAUAGCAAAUACUCAAAACAAGAUUUUGUACCCAUACUCAUACUCAUGCUCCCCAAUUCCACUCCAACCCCAUUCAUUCCAUCUCAUCCCCCUAAAAUUUCCCAUCAACCCAAUAUCCUCCUCACCAAAAUACCAACCCAAUCUCCCAUCAUGAACCCCCUCUUCUCCAUCCACCCCUGCACCCCGACCGAUCUCCCCUCCAUGCUCAACAUCUACAACCUCGCCUUCGCUAACGACCCCUUCCGCCUCGCCCGCUGGCCGGAAUCCCAAGUUCCCCCGUCCGUAUUCACAUCCUGGCUCACCAAAGUCUUCACCAAGUAUCUGAGCACACCUCAUACGCAUACCUGGAAACUGGUGGAAAAUUCCACCGGAAAUAUGGCGGGGUGGACGCAUUGGGCUGAACCGCAUGUGGUGAGUAGAGAGGAAGAAGAACGGAAUAAGAUGGAAGAGGAGAAGGAAGAGAGGGAGAGGAAGGAGAGAGGAGAGGGAAAGUUCCCCGAAGGCUCGGUGUUGGAGAUUUGUGAGGCGAAGGUGGCUGGCUGGAAUAGGUUGAGGGAGAAGUGGUAUAAGAGGGAGGAUAUGUUUUUAAUUUACUUCCUCUCCAUCUCUCCCAGCUACCAAAAACUCGGUCUGGGCACCCUCCUCCUCACCUCCAUCACAAAUCUCGCAGACGCCCAGUCAAAAAUAAGUUAUUUGGAAGCGACUGCGGCAGGGUAUCCGGUGUAUGUGCGUGCGGGAUUUAGAGAAUUAGAGUGUAUGGAGGUGGAUUUGGGGACGUGGGGCGUGGGUAGGAAUUGGGCUAUGGUUAGAGGGGAAGGGGAGACGAUAGAGGAGAUAGAGAGAUAGAGAUGGGAUGGGAUGGAAUAAAUAGAAUAGAAUGUGAAAAUGGGAUGGGUGGAUAGAUAGAUAGAUGAAUA